CCCACGCUGCACAUACUUCGCUCUGCUUGUGUGACCUCUAUAAGCUAUUGAACCGAGGUCAGUCUUAACAUGUGUAUAUAAAAUCGCGCAUAGACCAGUUGUGUUCAGUGAGCCACUGUGUGCCGCCUCGCUCACGUCAUCUGUCGGAUUUGGUCCACCCAGUUGUCCAACCAGCAAACGGACACAUUCAUAUAGCUAUUUGAACUACAACUGGACUAAAUAACCUAACACGGACUGAUACGAACAUAUUUGAUCCAUAAUUAAUAUUAAGGAACAAGAUGCUGAAACCGAGCCACGUGCGCCUAGCGGCAUCUCGAGUCAUCGCUCCGCGUCCGAAUCCAGCAUGUCACGUCUGCAAUCGCCGUAGCAAGAGCAUGCCGGCUAUCGAGACGCUCCAGGGUCCUGAAACGACAUACGGCAAUGCGCUGACGCAAACCAUGAAAGAAAGUGUUUGCAGCCUAACGUCGAACAAAUCUAUAGGCGAGUCAACAGUGAAUACGGAGGUGAAAAGCUAUGAUGAGAUUCCAGGACCAAAAGGAUGGCCCAUCAUUGGGUCUUUGUUGGACUAUACUUAUGGGCCUUACACUAUGGAGAAAAUGCAUUUGGCAACAAUCGAUAGAUUUCGAACUUACGGCAAAAUUUACAAGGAAAAUAUAGCUGGACAGACAGCAGUACACAUAUUAGAGCCUAAAGAUGUGCAAAAGUUAUUCCAGUCUGAGGGCGCUCGUCCAAAACGGCUCAAACUCGACCCAAUGAUACACUACAGGAAACGACGAAAGCAGAAUAUUGGGUUAGCAAACAUUGAAGGUGAAGACUGGAUAAAAUUGCGACGACCUCUGAACCAGACGAUUAUGAAGCCCAAAACCAUGGAGUCUUAUUUACCGACUCUCGAUAGCGUUGCGAGCGACUUCGUCGAUCAUAUGAAAAGAAUGAUUGGCGAGAAUGGCGAAAUAGACGGAUUUUAUAUGGAAAUUUACAAAUGGUCAUUAGAAAACUCCUGGGCAGUUGUAUUUGAUGAGAGACUGGGCGGACUUCGCAUAAAGCUGGAAAAUAAUUAUUUGGCGAAAAAUGUGAUUCAAUCUGUAAUGGACUUUUUCGUGGGCUUACGAGAUCUUACGUUUGGUUUACCCUUAUACAAACUCAACAUACCUACCUCGACGUGGAAAAGGUUUGCCGCGGCACAGGAUUAUGUUUUCGAAAUUUCCAAAAAAAGAAUACAAGAAGCAUUACAGGAAGAAAAGACGAGUGAAGAAGCCGGGUUUUUGGAAUCAUUAACAUCACAUAAAGACUUCACACUAGAAGAGUUGACGCUUCUUUGCAAUGAUGUAUUAAUUGGGUCCCUGGACACUACUUCUCACUCGGUAGCUUUCAAUCUGUACACCUUGGCGAAGAACCCCGAGGCUCAAGAGAAACUGUAUCAAGAGGUUAUCAACAUGACAGACAAAGACGAACCAAUACGCUCAGAACAUUUCCAAAACAUACCUUAUAUGAAAGCAUUUGUCAAAGAAACCUUUAGAAUGUUACCAACGACGGAUGGCACAAGUCGGAAACUGGACCAAGAUAUUGUUUUGAGCGGAUACAAUAUCCCAGCAGAUACCUUAAUCAGAGUACAUAUGGUGGCUGGAACGAUGGAAGAGUAUGUGGAAAACCCAACAGAGUUUCGCCCUGAAAGGUGGUUGAGGGAAUCUGAAUCAAAGAUAGAUCCUCAUCUGCUGUUGCCUUUUGGGCACGGACCACGCAUGUGUGUUGGCAGACGGUUCGCAGAAAACGCCAUCUAUAUGUUGUUAGCAAAGAUUGUAAGGCAGUUUAAAGUUGAGUGGCAUCAUGAGGACAUGGACCUCCAUUUCAGAAUAGUUAACACUCCCAGUGUUCCUCUCAAGUUCAAAUUCGUCGAGCGAACGUAGUAAAAAAUUUUGAUGCAAAAUCAUUAAAGAAGACAACAAAAACUUUAUAAACAAUAAGAAAUUGUGCCCCUCGAUUUACAAUGAGUUUUUCCUGAACUUUGACAUGCUUUCUACAAUGGUAUGGAUCGCACGCGAUACACCCAAGGUUAUUAUGAACAAUGCAAAAAAGUUACCUGUUGCCUGAGACAACUAAUAGAAGUUGUAUAGUUGUCUCAGCUGUUGCUAAGCCAUUUUUCGUUGAAGAGGCAGAAAAGCUUUUUUUUUUAUUUCAAAACAAAAUACGUAUAUGUUACUUAGAGUUUGUUUUUUGAGACCAAAAAUUGUAAUUAUUUUCAAAUAGAUAUAUAAAUGAGUUAAGUCAUUUCAGUAUUAAAGCAAAUAUUUAUAUGAUGGAAGAUAAGGUGAAUAAACGAAAGUUACAGUAUUUUGUUGAUGAGGCAGUUCCAUGUAUGUACGCCACGCGUUACGUUGACUGUGGCAGUACAUACAGGGCAGUAGGUGUGUCUUGAUAUUGGUGAGCUUUCGAGUGGCACGACGAAGUGAACGUAUAACGGAUUCACCCAUCCGUGACCGUCCUGCGUUCUCUAAACAACGUAGUCGCAUGCACAGAUGACUAUAUAUGACGUCACUACGGUUUAAGUCUGAUCGUUGUCGUGCAAUCGAAAGCUUCCUAUUAAAACUAUGCACUAAAUAACAGACGCAUGGAAGGAAAGCUGGAGAUUGUUUUUUUUUAUUAUUAUUAUUUUUUUUUUUUUUUAUAAUACAUUUUCUUUAUCCAGCAGGGUAAAUCCUAAUUUUUCUCAACUAUAGCGCAAAUAUUUGAGAGUGCAGCUUUAAUACACCAAUCUACUUUCCCCCUGGUUUUUCGGGAGGUUUGACGUAGAUUAAAAUUUAUUCUUAAUCGUAUGUUGUAUAUAUUGUUUAUAUGUGAAUUACAAAAAGUUUUUUUUAGUAAAAUAAAGUAAUCAGAAUGUAUAUUUUGCUUUGGUUUUUAUUGAACAAUAGAUUUUGAAUUAAUUUUUGAGUUCCAACAUGUGAACAUAAAUGAUGUUUAUAUGAGGUUGGUUGGUAUCACGAAUCGCUUUAACAAUUAUUUUUUAAAAUAUAUAUAUAUUUAUUCGUUGUAACAUAUAUAAGUUUCCUCUGUAAUUUUUGUUACCAAAGGCCCAUAGUCUAUAAUACUUAUUAAAAAACAAAUAUGUA